CUUUAACUCUUUGAGCGUCAAAAGAAAAGGAAAACGCGGGAGUAAAAAGUAAAGCCAAAGCUUGAGCUGAGAGAUUAUCGGAGCAUGGCGGCCAUACAAAUACUCAUGGCAUGUCCAAAAUUACAACAAUUGCCACUACCACUCUCUCAAUCUCAAUCUCAUAGGCCUUUGCGUUCAUUUUUGUUAUUACAAUCACCAGCUUCUUCUUCUUCUUCUUCAUCUUCAUCCAAGAAGAAGCGGUUAGAGAUUAGGUGCCAGGCUGCUGAUGUUGAUGCUGAUUCCUCUUCGCAGCAGAUUUAUCAAGGCUUCUAUGGCCCUUGGUCUGUUGAUUCCUCCGACGUUCGCGAGGUUAUCUUAUAUAGAUCAGGUUUGGUCACUGCUGCUGCCUCCUUUGUGUUUGCCGCUUCCACAGCUUUCCUGCCUGACCAUUCCUUCCUCACUGAUCUGAUAAAAUCAAAUUAUGAUUUUCUCUAUGCACUAUGUGCUGCUGGUUUAGGACUAUCCUUGUUUCUGAUCCACAUCUAUGUAACUGAGAUUAAGCGCACUCUUCAACUAUUUUGGGGCCUUGGUGUUUUAGGAUCUUUAGCCACCAGUUUCACCCUUGCUGAACCAGCUGGUCAGAACUUGGUACAAUAUGUAGCUGACCACCCAACUGCUGUCUGGCUCGUUGGUCCACUCUUUGCUGCAUUUACAGGGCUUGUAUUUAAGGAAGGGCUUUGCUAUGGAAAGUUGGAAGCUGGAAUUCUCACAUUUGUAGUUCCUGCAGUUCUUCUUGGGCACUUGACAGGUCUAAUGGAUGAUGGACUUAAGAUUUCUUUACUUGGUCUGUGGACGGCUCUGUUUGUGAUUUUUGCCGGGCGGAAGUUCACUCAGCCAAUCAAGGAUGAUAUCGGUGAUAAGUCGGUCUUCAUGUUCAAUUCUCUGCCAGAAGAGGAGAAGAAGCUUGUAGUUGAGAAACUUGAACAGAGAAAUUAUACAGACAAUCUUGAUAAAAGGGAAUAAAAGACAGAAAGAAUAGCAUAAUAUGGUUGGACAGUUAUUCUUGAUAAAAGGGUAUAAAAGACAGAGAAAGAAUAGCAAAAUGUAGUUGCUCAGGUAAGCCUCUACAGGAUCCAUGUUCAUGUUACUUGUGAGAUUAGUAUAAGCUUUUGUAGACUCAUGCACUAAUUGUAAAUAUGUUCACUCUGUACGCACACAUGUAAAGAUGCUGCUGCAUAUUCUGGUUACACGGAUAACGGAUUAUCUGAUAUGAUGACUUCUCCAUAUUUUGAUAA